GGAGCUCCUGCACCAUGAGCCGAACCAGGACCUCACCCCUGUUUUUCACCAAUCAGUUGCUUCUCUUGUUGACCUUCAUCUCAACUGAACUGCAGUUAUCUGCAGCAGGAGGUUCUGCUGAGGCCCUCGGGUCCAACGGCACAGUCAGCAACAAAACCAAAUGUGGUGGGAUCACCACCUGCAAAGAGGGCGUCAUCCUGCCAGUGUGGAAGCCGGACAACCCGGCCUUCACCGACCGCCUCGCCAGAGCCACCAUUUACUUUGUGGGGUUGGCGUUCAUGUUCCUGGGUGUCUCCAUCAUUGCUGACCGCUUCAUGUCAUCCAUCGAGGUCAUCACCUCCCAAGAAAGACAGAUCACCAUCAAGAAACCAAAUGGUGAGAAGAUCACCACAACGGUGCGGAUCUGGAACGAGACUGUUUCCAACCUCACCCUGAUGGCGCUGGGCUCCUCCGCCCCAGAAAUCCUUCUGUCAGUCGUGGAGGUCUGUGGUCACAACUUUGACGCCGGUGAGCUCGGCCCCAACACCAUUGUAGGAAGUGCGGCGUUCAACAUGUUUGUCAUCAUUGGCCUUUGUGUGUCUGUCAUUCCCGAAGGUGAGACCAGAAAGGUGAAGCACCUCCGGGUGUUCUUUGUCACAGCCACCUGGAGCGUCUUUGCGUACAUCUGGCUGUACCUGAUCCUCGCCGUCUCUUCUCCAGGGGUUGUUGAUAUAUGGGAGGGGCUUCUCACACUCUUCUUCUUCCCUAUUUGUGUUGGCUUUGCCUAUGUGGCCGACCGCAGACUUCUUUUCUACAAAUACAUGUACAAACGAUACAGAGCAGGGAGGCAGAGAGGAAUGAUCAUCGAAACUGAGGGAGAACCACAGCUUCCCUCAAAGGUCAACGUUGAAAUGGACAGAAAGAUGCUCAGCUCGUGUGGGGAGGAGUUCGUGGACGGAGACACAGGGUUUGAUAUGAAGGAGCUGGAUGAGGAGGAGGCCCGCAGAGAGGUGGCCAGGAUCCUCAAGGAGUUGAAACAGAAACACCCCGAGAAGGACAUGGAGCAGUUGAUGGAGCUUGCUAAUUAUCAGGUUUUAACACAGCAACAGAAGAGUCGAGCAUUCUACCGCUGUCAGGCGACCAGGAUCAUGACAGGAGGAGGAAACAUCCUGAAGAAGCACGCCGCUGAUCAGGCCAAGAGAGCCACACUGCACAACAUCUCCUCUGAGGUUUCCAGCAACGACUUUUCCUCCAAAGUUUUCUUUGACCCUGGUACCUACCAGUGUCUUGAAAACUGCGGCAGCGUAGCACUAAACGUGGUGCGUCGAGGUGGAGACCUAACAAGCAUGGUCUCAGUGGAUUACAGGACCGAGGACGGCACUGCAAACGCCGGCUCGGACUACCAGUUCACCGAAGGAACUAUUAUGUUCAAACCAGGCGAGACUGAAAAGGAAAUCCGCAUUGACAUCAUCGAUGAUGAUAUUUUUGAGGAAGAUGAGCAUUUCCUGGUCUACCUCAGCAAUGUGAGGGUCAUAUCAGAGGGUGCUGGCUCAGACGGGGGCGAGGCUAACCACGUGGACGCCCUGGCAGGUUUAGGUCUUCCGUGCACAGCCACUGUCACCAUCUUUGAUGAUGACCAUGCUGGUAUCUUUACAUUCGAGGAGCCAGUGGUCACUGUGAGCGAGAGCAUCGGGAUGAUGGAGGUGAAGGUGCUUCGGACCUCAGGAGCUCGAGGAGUUGUGGUGGUGCCGUACAAAACCAUGGAGGGGACGGCUAAAGGAGGUGGCGAAGACUUCGAGGAUACACACGGAGUCCUGGAGUUUGACAAUGAUGAGAUCCUCAAAAUUAUUCAGAUCAAUAUAAUCGAUGAUGAAGAAUAUGAGAAAAACAAGAACUUCUUCCUAGAGAUUGGAGAACCUCGGCUGCUGGAGAUGAGUGAGAGGAAAGCUCUGUUGCUUCAGGAAGUCGGUGGAUUCAUCAAAACAGGAAGAGAUGUCUACAGGAAGGUCCAGGGACGGGAGCAUCCGGUCCCCUCUGCCAUCAUCAACAUCACAGGGGAGGGGGGUGAGGAUGUUUGGACGAAGAAGGACGAAGAGGAGCGGCGGAUCGCGGAGAUGGGUCGACCAAUGCUGGGCGAACACGUGAAACUGGACGUCAUCAUCGAGGAGUCGUACGAGUUCAAGAGCACCGUGGAUAAACUCAUCAAGAAGACCAACCUGGCUCUGCUGAUCGGGACCAACAGCUGGAGGGAGCAGUUUGUGGAGGCCAUCACUGUCGGCUCAGGUGAUGAUGAUGAAUCCGGUGAGGAGAAACUGCCCUCCUGUUUCGACUACGUCAUGCACUUCCUCACCAUCUUCUGGAAACUCCUGUUUGCAUUUGUUCCUCCCACCGACUACUGGAACGGCUGGGCCUGCUUCGUUGUCUCCAUCUCUGUCAUCGGUAUGCUGACGGCGGUGAUCGGUGACCUGGCAUCUCAUUUCGGCUGCACCGUCGGCCUCAAAGACUCCGUGACUGCUGUGGUGUUUGUGGCUUUGGGGACUUCAGUACCAGACACCUUUGCCAGUAAAGUAGCAGCCACCCAGGACCAAUAUGCAGACGCCUCCAUUGGCAAUGUGACAGGAAGCAACGCGGUCAACGUCUUCCUGGGUAUUGGCGUGGCCUGGUCCAUUGCUGCCAUCUAUCACUACUCCAAGGGCCAGCAAUUCAAGGUCGACCCAGGAACGCUGGCCUUCUCCGUCACACUCUUCACCAUCUUCGCCUUUAUCUGCAUCGGUGUUCUCAUCUACCGCCGGCGGCCUGAGAUCGGCGGGGAGCUCGGUGGUCCCAGAGUCCCAAAGAUUCUCACCACCUGUUUGUUCUUCAGCCUGUGGUUGAUGUACAUUGUCCUCUCCUCAUUAGAAGCCUAUUGCCAUGUAGAGGGAUUCUAAGAUUUAUGCUUCUGAAGGGUUCCAACAGAACAUGAAUGGUUUUGUCUAAAUGUUGUAAGAUUCCUGACAGUUGGUGGAUUCCAUAAGGCUCUAGAGGAACUGCAUCUUCUUAACAGGUUUUUUGAAUUUUGGAUGAACUCUACAGUUCUAAUAGGUUCUGACAGAUUUAUAAACACAGAUUAACAUAUUCUGAAAGAUGCUUGUAGUAGUUUUAUGUUCUUUAAGAGGUUGAAACCAUUGCAGAUGGGUUUGUAAAAAUCCCAAAGGUUCCUGCAGGAUUCCACAGAUGUUUGAGUGUCUCUAUUAAUCUCUAAAGGUUUUGGGGGAACCCUGAAAACGUGUGAAUCCUCUUUUUAACUUGUGACAUGUUGGACUGUUGUCUGGCUGCUGAGUGUUGGUGACCGCUGAGACUUUUCAGUUUUUCAUCCUUACCUCCUGAAUAUUUAAAGACUUAUCUGCAUCACGAAAAUAUUCACCUGUACCUUUAAGCAAAGUAUAACUUUAAUCUUGACGUGCAUGGACUUUGAAACCAUAACCACUGUAGUGACCACCAUCAGCCGUGGUGAAGGAGGAGGCAGCUCCUGCUGUAGACGUCUGCAGGAGCUGCAGGGUAGUGAUGCACCUAUGUGAAUAUCUGCACUAAGUUUGAAACAUAGCUCAUUUUUAAGUUUGGGAGGUUCCAUAGUUUGGUGUUAAAACUGCACGGAGAACUUUUUCAAACAGAGACUCUCUGCUCCGUUGACUUGGACCUGAACGUCUGCAGCAGUGAACUUUAAUGUUAUAAUCAUGUGAAUGAACAAGACCAUUCAUCACAGUAUGAUGUGAUUGGAUGUUUCCCUCUAAAUAUUAAAGGUCAGUGAGUCACAUGUGGACUUUGCUCUCGAAUGUUUCUAAAUCUUUCUCGUCUGAUUGGUCAAGUUAAUGAUUUUAAUAAGUGUUAUGACAGUAAAAUGUUUACAUGCUGAAAUGUUCAGGAAACACACCACUGUCCUCCUCCUGUCUCUUUAAGACCCCUGUCC